AUGACGUCAUCAGCCUCGUCGACCUCUGGAAUACGAAAUUCACUGCUAUCUCAUCGUGAAGCCGCAUCAACUCGCUCACAGCCUGAUUCAGGGAUCGAUCAGGAUACGGUCUCGGUGAACAGUUCUGUCACUGAAUAUCUGAUAUCGAUUGGCGUGAAUCCAAAUCCAAUUCAGUCACGUUCACUGAUUGGUCAGGUUACGGUAUCGGUGAAUAGUUUCGUCAAUGAGUUUUUGAAUAGAAUCAAAUAUUUAAAUUCCAGAUUCCGACGGCCUGACACCAUUGAUUCGGCUUUAAAUGAAUAUAUCUAUGCACGGGUAGAAGAUGUACUCCCUCCGGGACCGGUUAAUUUAUCUGAGAAUGUUGAACAGCUUGAAGAUCUCUAUCAGUUCUCUCAUUCACGGCUGUCUGCACCAACAUUUCAACCAUUGACAGAGAUUUUCGAUGAACUGGAAGAGAUUCAACGGGAACAGCAGCAAGGGAAACAUCGAGACUAUGUCCAAGUUGAAAUCUAG